AUGGCGUAUGAUUCGGAUAGUCAUUCAAUUCAAAGUGGAUUGAUAUCGACGGAUGAGUUCAAUUCAGAUGUAGAGCAUACGUACAUGACUAAUGUGGAAGAGCCAUUGGUGAUAAACAAAGCACUUAUGUUGGCAGUACAGCAUGAUUUGAACCUCUCGAACGACUUGUAUUCGUACACAAGUUCCGACUUGCAUUCGUACUCAGUGGAUAGUGAAGAAGACGCAAAAACGGCUAUUGAUAUCGGGCUAACUAUGGACACUUCUGUGUACAGCUUUCCGGAGCUGAACCCCAAACGUCCCCUCGUUUUUGUAGCAUCUCAAUAUGGACUGGAAAGUUUGCAUGAUUAUCGCAUGUAUAUCUCUUCUCAGUUGGAUGAUGCAGACCAUGUAGAUGUUGAUCAAGUGCCGCUAAUGGUCUCCGGAAGCAUUGAUAACGAAAUGAAGAUUUCGGAAUACUACAUCGAUUCGAUGAAGCGAGCAGAAUCAUUUGAACAUGCUAAAGAAGCACGUGAUGAUGAUUCCGCUUUUCAAAUUGAAGUAAAUGAAUAA